UCUGCAGUGUCACAUGACCAGAACUGUUUAUGUCCUGGCUGUACCAUGAGAAGAAGAUGGCUAGACCCUUAAAAUAUGUUAACACAAAGACAGGAUCAUUUGUUUUGAUAGGCAUGACCUUAAAGAUGUCUAGUAUUGCAGUCUUGUGAUUGAACAUUUAGUUAUGCGCAUUUAGUUAUACAUGGUAGCGGAAGUUCUUGCUCCAGCUACCGUCAGAACCACACAGCUGCCUUUCCUGGUAUUCACGCUUGUUUGGACUCCAUCUUUACCUUGAUGGUUCACUUCAUCUCUUAUAUCCACAAUCUGGUUCUGCCACAACAGACAGUGACCACCUCAUGAUAGUAACUCUGUGAAGAAAUAUCCUUUGGAAAUAAUGUUUAUAAGAUAGAAAAAAGAAGACACGUCUUCUGUUGGCCAAAUUGUAUUUUUCUUUUUUUUGUCACAGUAAAAAGUGACCAUUAUGUUAAAUCAUAUUUCCUGAUAGAGCAACAGUCAGCUGUUGAAUUAAAAGUCACUCGUGUGUCAUUAUUAUCAUUCUUCUUCUCAGACAAACCCUCUGUGGAUAAGCGAUACUGUGGACUGAUCCAGAAGGUAGCAACGGUGGCAGCAGUUAAGCAUCUACUUUUGGGAGCUUUAAAUGAUUUGAGCAAUGAAGAGCUUGAUGAGUUCGAGAGAUUCCUAGAUUUGACUAAGAAUCUGCAUUACACCUCAGGGAUGUUAAAUCAUUUGUCAAUCAGAGCAGUUAUAGUGAAUCUGAUGGUGGAUGAACUUGGUCAACAGUCUGUGGAGGUGACCAGAGAAGUUUUCAUGCACAUGAACAGAACUGAUCUGGUUCAGAAGUUACCAGAGAGCAGCUCAGCAUCCAGAGAGAAACACUCUGUGGAUGAACAUGGAGCUGCACUGUUGAAGAGAGAUGAAGCACUUGCAGUUGUUGAACAGAUUAUUUUAGAAACACUGAAGGAUUUGAGUCACAAGGAAAUCAAGAAAUUCAGGCUGUUAGUGUUGUUCACAUGCUCAAAGAUAGACCUACCAGAAAUGGAGAAAGACACAACAGACAAAGUGGUGCAUCACAUGGUGGAUGAACUUGGCCUGCAGUCUUUGGAGGUGACCAGGACGGUUUUAAGAGAUAUGAACAAAACUGAUCUGGCACAGAGGCUUUUGGAGCUCACCAAAAGAUUCAAAGGACAAACUAAAAGAAGCUUGAAACCUGAGCAGGACUGCAGUGAUUGGACUAAACUUGAACCUGAGGUGAACAGUACAGAUGCAGACGAGGCUCCAACUUACAGCCUUCAGUCUGCAGCAGGACACUUUGAAUGCAGAGUGUCGGGCUUGCCUGUUACACGUUGA